UAGCAUCCCGGCUGUGAAUGAUUUGAAGACGACAGUGGCAGUUGUAGCGCAGCUGCUAAUUAAAUUUGUAGUUAAACAACAAUGUCGUCAGUUGAGGUCGCCGACGAGCGAAAUACUGCUGCUGCUGGCGAAACACCCCCACAGCAACAUGCCGGGAAGGAGGAGGAGGAUGCCGCUGACCAGCAGCUCUGGAACCAGGAGAGGAACUCCAGCCCGGACCAAGAGCAGCCAGAGCCUCCACAGAUUAAAGAGGAAGAGGAGGAACUCUGCACCAGUCAGGAGGGAGAGCAGCUCCUACUGAAGAGGGAGGCGGAUACCUUCAUGUUGACUCCUACUUAUGGUCAAAGUGACCAUAAAGAGCCAGAACCAAAUGAGCUCCUCUCUAAUAACUCUAAUGUGGCUGAGAGCCAAGAUCAGAGAGGAGGCGAGCAUGGAGGAUCAGCUAGAGAUGUCGAGUCAAAACCAAAGGAGGUUUACUGCAGCACUCAGGCAGGAAAAAAGUCUUUCACAUGUGACACAUGUGGAAAGGUUUUUAAGUACAAGUCCCAAUUCAGUAUACACCUGAGAAGCCACACAGGUGAGAGGCCUUAUUCUUGUGACACCUGUGGGAAAAGAUUCAGCGAGACGUCUGUGUUAAACGUCCAUGUAAGAAUCCACACAGGUGAGAAGCCGUUUUCUUGCAAAACCUGCGGGGAAGGUUUUCGACUCAGCAGCGCCCUGUCGGUCCACAUGCGAACUCACACAGGUGAGAAGCCGUACCUGUGCACAACAUGCGGAAGGGAUUUCAGGUGCAGCACUGCUUUGUCGGACCACAUGAGAACUCACUCAGGUGAGAAGCCGUACCUUUGCAAGACCUGCGGGAAACGAUUCAGUGACGUGCGGACGUUGAAAACGCACAUGAGAAUCCACACAGGUGAGAAGCCGUACCCCUGCAGAACAUGUGGAAGAGAAUUCAGAUUCAGCAGCGCCCUGUCAGUCCACAUGAGAACCCACACGGGUGAGAAGCCGUACGUUUGCAAAACAUGUGGAAGGGACUUCAGAUGCAGCAGUACCUUGUCGGUCCACAUGAGAACGCACACGGGUGAGAGGCCGUACCUUUGCCAGACCUGCGGGAAAGGAUUCGGUGACAUGACAACACUGAAAAAACAUAUGAGAAUCCACACAGGUGAUAAGCCGUACCUGUGCAAGAGCUGCGGGAAAAGAUUCACUGAAAUGUCAAAGUUGAAAGUCCACAUGAGAACGCACACGGGCGAGAAGCCGUAUCUUUGCAAGACCUGCGGCGAAAGGUUCAUCGAAAUAUCAAAAUUGAAAGUCCACAUGAGAACACACACAGGUGAGAAGCCGUACCCCUGCAACAUAUGUGGGAAAAGAUUCAAACAGACGUCGUACUUGAAAAAUCACGCCAGAAUCCAUACAGGCGAGAAGCCAUACGCCUGCAAGACAUGCGGGGAAGAUUUCAGAUUUAGCAGUGACUUGAAAGUGCACAUGAGAACGCACACAGGUGAGAAGCCGUAAGUUUGCAAGACCUGUGGUGAAAGAUUCAUUGAAUUGUCCAAAUUUAAAAGACGUGGAAACGCACACAGGUGAGAAGCUGCACCCCUGCAACAUAUGUGGGGAAAGAUUCUGGUGGCACAUGAGAAUCCAUGUGGCGAGAAGCCAAAUACCUGCAAAACAGGUGAGGAAGAUCUCAGAGUGAGUGCUCACCUGGCAGUCGAUGAGAAGAGCCCACACCGGUGAGAUGCUGUACCUCUGCAGGGUCCACAGGAAAAGGUGCUUCGUUGGCAGCUGGGCUUGCAUUUGCAAAACGUGUUGGAGAUGAUUCAGUUCUAGCAGACCGACAGAAGUGUGGAGCCACAUGAUUGCAACACCUGUGCAAAAACUUUUACUCACAUCUUGAGAAAGCACAAGGAUCAAUAUCCAUCAUGGAGCUGAAUGGAGAUGUGUUCACUGACUGAAUGAAAUAAAGUUUUGCAGUCCCUGUAACUUUUCACACAUCACACAUUUUCAACAAUGCCAUCAGGUUUUGAUGCACCAACCUCUUUUUUUUCAUAUUAUUUAUUACUUGUAUCUUUGUUAGCAACAGUGUUUCUAUGAAACAAACAGAAUCUCCCAAUGCUUUGAAAAACUCUUGUAGUGUGCACAGCAUAUACUUUACAAAUGUUUGCUCUCAUUUUUGCACACUGCCUCAGUUAUAUGAGUGGAUUGUGAACUCUGAUGUUGAAGCUGAAAACCCCUCUCUAGUGGUGCUCAGUAACUGUCUUUUUUUUUUGUCUGCUGCAUUUUUAUUGAUAAUAUAUUUUUCU